UUUUAUAUUCUUGACAUGCGCUUGUUCCGGCCCUCGCCAGUCCCAACUUUUUCCUUUGUCUUUCUUGAGAGUUCACAAAUCAUAUCAGGAAUCUCCGCUAGGGUCUUCUACUCAUCAACUACUACCACACUACUUCGUAGUCUUUCCGCCGCGUCUUACAAUUUGGAACGGUAGAUAUGGGUCUCGUCGAGAAACCAAGCGAUCCGCAUGGCUUGACACUAGAGGCGUGGGCUCAGGGCCUUAUGUUUGGCAGUCUGAUGACUAUGGCGUGUAUCACAAUCGCAAACAUGCGAAAACGAGUUGUACUCCACCAUCUCAUCCUUAUAGAGUUGAUUUUCGGCCUCUUCCAAGGAACAUUCAUCUUCCUAGAUCCGCCCUACUACGGAUGGUAUGAAUCAGUUGGAGCUUUGUUUCUCAAUGUCAGCUGGAGUCUACAUAACGUCAUCUCAUGGAUGAAGAACAAGCCUUUUCUUAGCCGGAAGAUGUCUUUGAUAUACAUCGGCACUGUCAUCGUGGUGCAGCCUUAUUGGGUAGCCGAGAUUGCAGCGAACUUCCUCUAUUUCAAUAACAUCAAUCACAAGGUCUUCGAACAUCUUAGGCCAUUCGAAGCACUGUUCAGGGACCCAUGGUGGAUCUUUACAAUUCUCAACCUGGUUUACAACAUCAAGAAACGCUACGACUUCGGCUUUGUCGAGCUUGUACGCAUCUCGCCUCGUUUCGGUGUCCUCCUGGUCGUGAUGACUCUCUCCGUCUUGUUCCUCUUCGUCGACAUUCUCAGCGUAACCCACGUAAUUCCUAGUAAAAACGCAGACGGAAUCAAUCCAUUCUGGAAGCUGAGUUUCGUCUUCAAAUGCAUGACUGACACAGUGAUCCUCGACGACUUCAAAACGGCUUUGGAUAAGAUGAAGGACUACAGACUUAGGAGGGUUGCGAGCUACGUGGAUACACACGACAAUGCCGAGAGAGGAUCUACAGAGCCGAUCACCGUUCACACGACUGUCACUCAGCACGAGCAUUAUGAGAGCAGGAUCAGAAACUACGACGACAGCAGUAUAAACGGGAAGGAUUGGGCAAACGGGCAUAUCGAGCAGCUAGAAUUAGAAGAGGUCACGCCACCGCCGACUGUUCGUACUCAUAUUGGUUAGUUUGUGUAGUUGUGCGU